UCGCUAUCGUUUUGUUGCUGGUCUUUUUUCAAUUCGUUGAACGAACACGAAGCAAACCAUAGGUGUUGGUUUUGUCGUAGUGCAGUCGCAUUGUCGUUUUCUAGCGUGUGUUUUUUUGUUGCUCCUCUAUGUCUACUUUUUCCUCGCAUUUCUUGUGUCGAUUUGAAAUCGAGCGGAGGUAGCAGUCAGUACCAUUCCUAGCUCGAGCUAACGUACAACAGGACGCUUCCCCGUGUGCAAUGGUUUACAUCAAGAAUAGAGAAGAAGGCGCCUAGGAAUCGAUCCAACGCAGUUUUAAGUUUGAAGGCAUCGUAUCUAUAAAUAUCAAGAAAGCAAAACAUGUCAAGUGCAGGGAAGGGCGGUUGCAGUUCCAGCGUGGCUGCAGCCGCGGCUGGCGACGACAACGGGAACGUGGCACCUGGUGAACGACCAGAAAACCGCAGUACAACAUCUCUCCCGGUCACCAUCCGAAACCUGGCCAACCACGCGGACGGCGACCUCGAUGUUGUUGCACUCAUCGAAAAUUGCAACACUGACGGCGCAUUUAUUACAGCGAAGGAGCUGAAGCGGGCCAUCGCGGCUGGGAUGAAUGCGGCCGACAAAACGAAGAAGCAGUGCUGUGCUUCGACCCGUCCACCAGUGCACUGGGAGCACAUCCGGCUUGCGCAAAAAGUGGAAGACAAUAACAGCGCGGACCCGCAGACCGAUGCCACCUCCGGAGGUGAAGACAUUGUAGUUGGAAAUGAGGACGAGAAUGAAAACAGCCCGUGUCGGUCUCCGUCAGCUAGUCGCGGUCUCAACUUAGAACCCGUAACGGAUGACGAGAAAACGUUUGAGCGCAGUCGCGAAUUUCUUGAAGCCGACAUCCUGUACUGCUACAUCGAUUUUAAGCCGUUUGAAGACCGCGGUGCGCUGAAUCACGCGGUCAACCUGCUCUUGGAGGCGCGGAUGGAAAUAGAUACGUACGAUACGUUGUUUCCAAUGACUAUCGCCGAAAGGCGCCGGUAUGAAGCCGCGCGAAUGCCGGUUCCAGCACUAGCGGAGAUCAACACCGCGUCGGGGGCUAUCAUGGAACAGUGUAAGACCAUCGCCGAUGUGGAGGAGAUUUACGGGCCGGCGCGAGUAUGGGAUGUGUCCCAACUCGAAAGCUUGGCGCUUUUGUUUUGCCUUCAUGGCACAAACAGAUUCAACUUAGACAUCUCGGGAUGGAACGUCGCAGGAGUCAAGGACUUCUACGGCAUGUUUUCCGGGUGCGAACAGUUUAACCAGCCCAUUGGCGCCUGGAAUAUGGGAUGCGCCGAAAUAACCUGCAGCAUGUUUCGUGACUGCUGCAAGUUCAACCAGGAGCUCAACGGCUGGGACCUCCGCAAUGUAGACGACUUUGCCGACAUGUUUUGCAUGUGCACGGACUUCGCGAUUUCAAACCUGGUUGCCUGGGACACGACUGCCGUCCAAGAUACAUCGGGGAUGUUCGCCGCAAGGUCAUCGAAAAAUAGCUCCAUCGUGGGCGACGUGCGUGAGAUUUUGGAGUCGCGCGCCCGGCCGCGACAGCGCCAGGAGCCAGACGGUACUUCUAGCAGAAGUCUUGUUUAUUACAAACCCUGGGAGCUCCCGCAGCUGCGUGUGGCAGCCGGAAUGUUCGGGACUGCAUUAGUAGAUGAGUCUCCUGCCGGCCGUAUGGAUGCGGCGACGCUGCGAGCCAUGUUCGGCGACGAGCAUUGGAAGGCAGUGGUGGGGACCACCCGGGAGAGCCUGUCCGCCUGCAGUGCCUUCGACGCGGAAAAUUACCUAGCAAGCGCGAACGGUCACCGUGCCUCGCACAACCUGUUCGUCCUUCCGAACGAGGGAGCAGAGGUGCUUUUCGAUCCUUCGGUGGGUCGGUUUCGCGGGGGGCUUGCCUUCACCGUGAGCAUUCGGACGCACACGAAGAUUCCGCUGACGAACUUCUGGAAGAAGUACUUACCCAAGACGGUUCUUGACAACGGAUUGGUUCCCCUGCAAAUUAUGCCCGAGCGCGAUCUCUACCACCCGAUCCAGUAUUCGUCUCCGCCGAAUCCGAAGCGAAACAAGGGCGAACACGUCGAUCCGCUAUCAGCUGCAACCAAGUUUGUCGACCUGCAUUCGAGGGAACCACGGAUUCGUGCUCUCAUGCGAGCAUGGAGAAAUCGUAGAAAGCAAGAGGUAAUUCCAGCAGAAGAUGAUUUUUAGUAUUUUUCUUUGCAUGUUGGUGCGCGUAUCCGCAUCAUGAUCCUGUUUUUGAUAUGCGUCGCUGAUCUGUUUAUAAAAUUCUUGUCUUCACAUUCAUGGACACUUCAGGAGGAGUUGGCGCGUCAGAAGCUGAACGGGCGGCUUUCACAACGCAUGAGCCUCCGGGAGUUUUUUCUGAAUCAACUUCAUGUUUCCGAGGAAUGGUUUGACCUUGUCACGGAGCGGUUAUUCCUGGUCGCGUCAGAACUUUCCGAGGUCCUGGAUCUGGAGAAGGUCAUGAAGCUACUGGCGGCCGAUGACUUUCCCGCGGUUUGCUUGCGAAUUUUUCCUGCAUUUUGCCGGAUCGUCAAGCUGCACCGGGAAGCACCACCGGAUUACCACGAAGUGCGGUACCAUGCGGUCAUGCUGGAAGACGCGGUGUGCUCAAUCAUCACCGCUGCGAGAUUGUUUCCGGAGAUCCAAAGACUCUUGCCGGGCUCCCUCGACGACAACAAGCUCAGUGCAUGGCUGGAACAGGAAGAAGUGGUGGUGAAGUGGCUCCAAAGUAGUAGUGGUCGGAGACUGCCCGCUUUUCCGAUGCCCGAGUACGUCAGGGAUACGGCAGACGAAAAUCCGCCGGGGCACAAGUACGAAAUUGUAAAAGAAGACUUUCGACGACAUGCAAUUCUGGAAGAUGCUCGUGGAACCCCGUUUGUCGCGGAAUAAUCGGACGUGGUCAAUGCGAUGGAGCAGGCAGCUAGGUUUUGGAUUUUGGAAGAAUGGAAAACGCUUUUGGUAGUCGUAGAGUGUUUAUUGCUGUAAUUUUUUGGCAAAAUGAAAAUGUUGAACUGGUAUUGGAAUACUUAUAAUAUGUUGCUGUAGUCCUAGUCGUGGUGAACACACGAUGACAGUGAAGACGAUUCAGUAAGGUAUCUCCUGCUUGUACGAUGAGGUAGGGCCGACGCACCUGUCAGAAGGAAAAGCGUCGACACACGGAACUACCUCCUGAUCAAGAUUUCGUCAGUGAUUGUUUCGUUUCCGCAGUAUGAAAUGAAAAAGUGGAAGAUUUUGAUUUGUCCAAACGCGAAGAUUUCGCGCUGGCAGCCGGUUCCGCUUCGAAAUUCGCCUUAGGCUCAGUGAAGAUGCCACUUCUUCUUUUUGGUGGCUGGUACUAUCCACUACUGCAGGGAGGCUCUUGUAACUUGUAUUUGUAACCAAUACGCGAAGGCUCGUCUCACUUCUACGUCGAUUUGGAAGCGUGGUC